UGCCCUCGUCAAUGCAGCAGCACACCCACCUGGACGUGCCCUCCUCUGCGCCGGCGCUCUCCCCGCACCUGGUAGUCCCGUCCCCGCUCAGCCACUACGACUCGUCCGACGGUUCUGUCCAGGGUUCACCAAGCCCGCACUUUGAUCUCCCGCAGAUACCGAGGUCGCGCCGCGGUUCGCAGUCGUCGUUGCAGCAGGCGAUCGACCGCAAGCGCUUGCAGCGCGGCCGCUCCAAGAAGCUGGUCGCCACGCCGCGCACGCCGCACCAUGCGAGCACGCCCCUCGCGCGUACGAGCUCGACAUGUACCGUUGGUUCGGACAUGUCGCGCUGCGCGAGCACAGACAGCGCGGCAUCGGGCCCGCUCACUGACCAGGAGCGGUUUGCCGUGCAUGUGCUCAGGGAGCGUCGGAAGAGGGUUGCGGCCUCGCAGAGGCUCGCUGCGAAGCAGUCGUUGAGCCGCCCGAGUGUGCGCUUGGGAUCGAGGCGAAGGAGAAAGACCGGUCCUCAGACUCCUGCAGCGGAGACACCCAUAGCUUAAAUUUGUAAAUUACCUUAUUGCCG